CCAAACCUACUUUGAUUCCUCCACCUCCAUAGACAACAACUCUUCACUCUUCUUAUUUUGCAACUCAGGAUUCCACCUUUCUUCUUCAUUUUAUUACAUCCUUAUUUACAUCAAAAUCCACCCAAAGUUUCAUCCUUUUUUAUGAGCGGGGGUGACGGGUUCCUUUUAUCUGAAACAAUCCCAUCGUCUUUAUAGUUUUUCUCGAUUUGGGUUUGGGAAAAUCCCAGUCGAACUCUGUUUAUUUUUUGUUAUUUUUAACCGAAACCUAUCAGCCAAACCAAAUCGAGACUGGAUUUUUCUUUGCUUAAUUUCUUGUGAAGUCCCUUCUUUUUUUCUUAUCAGGUGCUUUCGAGGGGUCAACUAUCUCGAUUGGGGGUUUCCAAGGAGAUGAAUUUCAGGAGCUUGGAGGAUUUUUGGGCCUUUUACGUGAAUCAGCACUCCAAACCAUCGACAAGACGCUGGCACUUUGCCGGCACGCUCUUGAGCAUCGUGUUGUUUGUGUAUUCUUUGUUGUUUAACUGGUGGUUCUUGGUGUUUGUGCCUAUAUGUGGCUAUGGAUUGGCCUGGUACAGUCAUUUCUUCGUGGAAGGGAAUGUGCCCGUCACUUUUGGGCACCCGUUUUGGUCCCUUUUAUGUGAUUUCAGGAUGUUUGGAUUGAUGCUUACUGGGAAAAUGGAUAGGGAGAUCAAGAGGCUCGGGAAGAGACCUAUAUUACAGGGCUUCUAAAGGGUUCUUCCUUGUGUAAAACUUUUUUUUUCCCCUUCUGUUUAAUUCAUAUGAUACACUUCACUUAUAUUUUUCAUAUGUUUGCUAUAGGCAUGGUGUCAGCUAUAACUAAACUCUUGUUUUA